UCUUAAACGACGUCGUCUUCAGCUAAACACUAAAUAGUCAAACACUUUCUUCUUGUCAGUGGUCUAGUCCCAUAGUCCGUCCCUCUUCUCAAUGGCGAGUGAAGCUGCUCCGUCUUCGUCUUCUUCCUCUGCUCCACUGAAUGAAGAGGAAGACUUAUUGUUAUUACACGGAUCGGAGUCGGGUUGGGUUGAGGCUCGGACUCGGUGCGAUCAUCUCGCUUCCCUGUCAUUGGAUCUGGCUCACAUCCCCACCCCCGAUACUCCUUGCUACAGGUGCCAACACCCGGAUGAGAAUUGGUUGUGUUUAUGCUGUAAGGACGUGCUCUGCAGCCGUUUUGUGAACAAGCAUAUGCUCCAGCAUCAUCAGCAGUCGAAUCAUUGUCUGGCCCUCAGCUACAGCCUCAUCACUGUGAAAUCCCCGAAUAUCAGAGCGCUUAUAUUCUGCAAUGGUGGGAGGAUGGAAAAGAGGAGACAAAUUGAGGGGAAAAAAGAAGAAGAAAAAAGCUCAUGACUUGUAAUCAGCAAAAGAUUGUAGGCAUUUUGCCAAUUAGCAUCUCACCUCAACGUUCUUCAAGGCCAAAGCCAGAGUUUGAAUGGAUUUCUGGAUGAUUUCAGUGUUCUCAGGGGUCAUGAGGGAGGGAGGGAGGGAGUUCACCUCAAUUCCUCAGAGGCUUCCAUGAGGCUUCUGCUUAAUUUCUCAACUUCCCGUAGCACACCACCAUCAUGAGCUUCAGCCAGUGCUUUAAUCUAUGUAAGCAAUGGGUUUGCGUCUUCAAUAACAGAGAAAACACGUUGAGUCAGUGAGGAGCUAUGGGCAACGGCAAUGUCUGCUGCUUCACAUCCGAGACAGGUGAAUAUCGUCACCAAUGCAUCCAAACUCACCCCUUGAUUUUCCUUCAUCUUUUGGCGAUCGCACAUGAUCAGACCUUCUUCGGCACAUUCAGGGUCCAGCGGUCCUACUAUACUGAAGGCGUCGGAAUUGGAUCUCACGGUGUAAUAUCAAUUAAUGUUUCCAGAGAUUGUAUUAAUUGGGUCAAGUCCAAGAAAGGUGUAUUCAGGGUGAAGUUAUUUUUUGAGGCUAUGAUGGAUGAUGGAGAUUCUUGGUUCCCAUGGAAGUGUGUGUGGCGGACACAGGCCCCCCCGAGGGCAGCGUUCUUUACUUGGUCUGCAGCCCUAGGCAGAAUUCUGACCUUGGACAACCUUAGGAAGAGGAAUAUGAUUAUUGUUAAUAGAUGCUGUCUUUGCAAGCGGGAUGGAGAAUCAGUGGACCAUAUUCUUUUGCACUGCGAUCUAGCCUCAGCUCUGUGGAAUAAUAUCUUUUCCCGCUUUGGUAUUUCAUGGGUUAUGCCUAGAAGUGUGCUUGACCUGGCUGCCUGUUGGUGGAAGAAGGGGAGAGUAGGAAGUGCUACCUCGUGGAAAAUGGUGCCUAUUUGCAUGUUUUGGAGCAUAUGGAGAGAAAGAAACCUUAGGACUUUUGAGAAUGUAGAAAACUCCCUAGAGGAGGUGAUAGAGCUGUUUCUCCAUACCUUGUAUGGUUGGUCGAUGGCUUUUUUGUACCCUUUAUCUAUCAGCUUUGCUGAAUUUCUUACUUCUUUCUCGAAUUCUAGCUAGGUGAUUCCUGUUGUAUACUUCUAGCGUACGGAGGGGCGCCUU